UCUUCUCCACAGCCAGCAACAGAUGUGGAAAGCGCCCUUGGGCAAUCGUUCUGGCGCCGAGACAUCAAGUCUGGAGAAGGGGUUGCAGCCCGAGGGCAGCGCGCAGAGAGUCAGCAGCGGGAUCCGCGAUGGUGCCCUUGCGGGCUCUGUGGCUGGCCUGGGCUCUGCUAGGAGUGGCCAGAGCUUGCCCAGAGCCGUGCGCCUGCGUGGACAAGUACGCACACCAGUUCGCCGACUGCGCCUACAAGGAGCUGCGCGAGGUGCCGGAAGGACUGCCGGCCAACGUGACCACGCUUAGUCUGUCUGCCAACAAGAUCACCGUGCUGCGGCGUGGGGCCUUCGCCGACGUCACGCAGGUCACGUCGCUGUGGCUGGCGCACAAUGAGGUGCGCACCGUGGAGCCGGGCGCGUUGGCGGUGCUUAGCCAGCUCAAGAACCUCGACCUGAGCCACAACCUCAUAUCCAGCUUCCCGUGGAACGACCUGCGUAACCUGAGCGCGCUGCAGCUGCUCAAAAUGAACCACAACCGCUUGGGUUCGCUGCCCCGGGACGCACUCGGGGCACUGCCCGACCUGCGCUCCCUGCGCAUCAACAACAACCGCCUUCGUACGCUGGCCCCUGGCACCUUCGACGCGCUAAGCGCGCUGUCACAUCUGCAACUCUAUCACAACCCCUUCCACUGCGGUUGCAGCCUCCUGUGGCUGCAGGCCUGGGCCGCAAGCACCAGGGUUUCGUUACCCGAGCCCGACUCCAUAGCGUGCGCCUCGCCUCCCGCGCUGCAGGGGGUGCCGGUGCACCGCCUGCCCGCCCUGUCCUGCGCACCACCCAGCGUGCGUCUGAGUGCUGAGCCGCCGCUCGAGGCGCCGGGCAGCCCCUGGCCCGCGGGCCUGGCGCUCCUGCUACACUGCUUCGCGGAAGGACACCCCACACCCCGCCUGCAAUGGCAACUUCAGAUCCCGGGUGGCACCGUAGUCUUAGAGCCUCCGGUCCAGAGCGGGGAGGACGACGCGGAUGGGGCGGAAGACGGAGAGGAGGAAGGAGAUGGGGACGGGCCAACGCAGACUGAGGCCCCAAUCCCGACUCCAGCACCCGCUUGGCCCGCGCCCCCAGCCAACCCCCGCUUCCUGGCCCUCACAAACGGUUCCCUAUUGGUUCCCCUCCUGAGCGCCAAGGAAGCAGGUGUCUACACCUGCCGUGCCUACAACGAGCUGGGCGCCAACUCCACGUCACUACGGGUGGCAGUGGCGGCCUCUGGGCCCCCCAAACACGCUCCUGGCCCUGGGGGAGACUCUGAUGGGCAGGCCCCUACUUCUGAGCGCAAGUCCACAGCCAAAGGCCGGGGCAACAGCGUCCUCCCCUCCAAACCCGAGGGCAAAAUCAAAGGCCCAGGCCUAGUCCGGGUUAGCGUCUUGGGCGAGAAGGAGGCGGGGCCAGAGGAGGAGGAGGCAGGUGAGGGGGAGGAGGCAGAAGACCAGGUCUCUACGGAUCCGGUGGAGGAGCGACGUUGUGGCCACGGGGACCCCUCGCGGUACGUGUCCAACCACGCAUUCAAUCAGAGCGCAGAGCUCAAGCAGCACGUCUUUGAGCUGGGCGUCAUCGCGCUGGACGUGGCGGAGCGCGAGGCUCGGGUGCAGCUGACGCCGCUGGCGGCGCGCUGGGGAGCCGGGGCCGGCGGGGCCGGGGGAGCCGGGCGGCCGGGGCGGCGGCCGCUGCGCCUGCUCUACCUGUGCCCAGCGGAGGGCGGCGCAGCUGUACAGUGGUCGCGCGUGGAGGAAGGCGUCAACGCCUAUUGGUUCCGCGGCCUGCGGCCUGGCACCAACUACUCAGUGUGCCUGGCGCUGGCAGGCGAGGCCUGCCACGUGCAAGUGGUGUUUGCCACCAAGAAGGAGUUGCCCUCCCUACUGGUUAUCGUGGCGGUGAGCGUGUUCCUCCUGGUGCUGGCCACCGUGCCCCUGCUGGGCGCCGCCUGCUGCCAUCUGCUCGCCAAACACCCGGGUAAGCCCUACCGGCUUAUACUGCGGCCACAGGCCCCUGACCCCAUGGAGAAACGCAUCGCCGCAGACUUUGACCCGCGUGCGUCCUACCUCGAGUCCGAGAAAAGCUACCCGGCAGGCGGGGAGGCGGACGUCGUGGAGCCCGAGGAGGCUCCCGGGGAGGGCCUUGAUGAAGACGCGGAGCAGGGGGACCCAGGUGGGGACCUGCAGAGGGAGGAGAGCCUGGCGGCCUGCUCCCUGGUGGAGUCCCAGUCCAAGGCCAACCAAGAGGAGUUCGAGGCUGGCUCCGAGUACAGUGAUCGGCUGCCCCUAGGCGCCGAGGCCGUCAACAUCGCCCAGGAGAUUAAUGGCAACUACAGGCAGACGGCAGGCUGAACCCCCCAGCCCGACUGGCCCACCCAUUCCCAUC